AUGUUACGUAAUACUAUUUGCAGAACAAGAGUUGCUCAACUAUCAGCCAGAAGAUUUGCUUCUGUUCAAGCUAUAUCGAAGGCUUCUAUAACUGAUUUAGAACAUAGAUGGGAACAUAUGCCAUCUACUGAACAAGAAUCUUUAGUUGCUAAAUUGACACAGCGUCAAACAUUACCUUGGAAAGAAUUAACAGAGUCUGAAAAACAAGCUGCUUGGUAUAUCUCAUACGGUUCAUGGGGUCCAAGAAGACCUGUACUCGCUAAAGGUGAAGCUUCUUAUGUAUUACAAGGUGUCUUAUUAGGUCUAGCUAUCUCUAUAGGUUCUUUUGCCUUUAUUAGACAAUAUGGUGGUGAAGAUGUUAAAUCCAUGAAUAAAGAAUGGCAAUUGAAAUCUGAUGAAUAUUUGAAAUCUAAGAAUGCUAAUCCAUGGGGUGGUUAUUCUCAAGUUCAAUCUAAAUAA